GGCGAGGGGAUUGUCAGGUUUUGGUUACUCGUGGGCCUGCGGGGCGCUGAGGGGCUUUUCGCAAGAAUUGUGUUAAUUCUCAUUCAUGUGUUCAGAAAGGAGUGUUCCAAAGAACAUUUCUGGUGGCCCUCAUCAUCUGUCUACUGUGAAUGUCCAGUUUGUUCAGAUGCUCAAAACUAAAAGGUCAUGCAGAAACCCUGCUAGGCCCGUUUGCUAAUGCAUGGAGCUUCCUCUCAGUAGGCAGGUCACCAGUUGGAGCAACUCCUGAGCAGCAGUAUGGCCUUUUGUCAUGGUACAAAAUGUUAAGGGAAACUAAAAAGUUUAUUGGUAAAUCCUUUCAGGCAGCACGACCUCUGCAUCAUCUGUCUUCUAAACAAGAAUCAGCCAUUGUGUUAAACUUUCAGACUAAAUUACCUGGAAACACUGAAGUAUGUUUGCAGAGUAAGGUUGACUGGUUAUCUGAAAUGACUGAAGUGAAGAUUUUAACUCAAACUAUGAUGCCCUGUCAACCAAACCAGCAUGAAUCAGAAGCAAAAAAAGGAAGGAUCAAAUACAGCAGGGAUUUCCUUCUGAAACUUUCAAGUGUUUCUCUCUCUCAGAAGAAGCCAGAGUUUCUUCCUGAUCAUCCAAUUGUACUUGAAAAGCCAGAAAAGAGCAGGCCUUUUAUUGACAUGUGCAAGAAAUGACAGGUUGUUUGGACAAUGAGAAAUCCAUCAAUGAAGGAGCUACAUGUGAUGUAGAUCUUAAAGAGUUUUGAAAGUACUUGGAUGUCUGCAGGUGAAAGUAGAACCCAGUGAAAUUUACGAAAAAGCCUGUUUCUUCCGGUAAUUGCCUGACUGUGUUAAAAGCCAAACCUUUAAUUUGUAAAGCCUAAGAUGGUAAUAACAAUUACAGUGAAAAUAAAAAAUUCUACAUUUUGCUGUGGCAGG